AAUGUCAAAACAAUGGUUAGAGGCGCUGGUCAAGGUUGUGAUUGGUUGUCGCUUGUGGAGGGGAGGGGCAAACUAGAAUUUCCGUAUCCGGGGCCUUGAAUUUGUAAUCACUUCCGGUGGGCGAAAGUGAUGGCGGUACGGAAGCAUUGAGCGGAAUUCAUUUCUAUCAACGUGUUUAUGUCAGCUUUCCGAUGGAGAGAAGACGCCAGUACCGAGCUAAAAGACCCAAGGCGUAGUGUAAACAGCUUAGCUUUUGUCUAGAGCGACUUGGGUCUUCGACUUUCCCUUUUCAUCCUCCAUUUCUAUCCCGCAGCUGUCUAGUCCGGGGCUCUAGGUUCUCUUGACUUUUAAAAUGGCUCCGGUACAGAUUGGUUCAGAUGGCCAACUGGUCCCGGUCGGGGGUCCAACUUCGGCGCCCCAGGUUCCUGUUCCGGGGGCUCCGGCGACUCACGGGGUUCGGCUCAGCUUGCUGAUUGAGUUCCUGCUGCAACGAACUUACCAUGAGAUCACGCUGCUGGCUGAGCUACUCCCCCGAAAGACAGACAUGGAAAGGAAAAUCGAGAUUGUGCAGUUUGCCAGCCGCACCCGCCAGCUGUUUGUGCGGCUGCUGGCCCUGGUGAAGUGGGCCAGCAAUGCCGGGAAGGUGGAGAAAUGUGCGAUGAUAUCCAACUUCCUGGACCAGCAGGCCUUCCUGUUUGUCGACACAGCAGACCGGCUGGCAUCGCUGGCACGGGACGCCCUCAUCCAUGCCCGCCUGCCGAGCUUCGCCAUCCCCUUCGCGGUCGACGUGCUGACCACAGGCUCUUACCCCCGCCUCCCCAUCUGCAUCAGGGAAAAGAUCAUCCCACCAGAUCCCAUCACCAAGCAGGAGAAGCAGAGCACCCUGAACCAGCUUAACCAGAUCCUGCGACAUCGCCUUGUUACCACAGACCUGCCGCCGCAGCUGGUCACCAACCUCACAGUGGCCAACGGGCGUGUGAGGUUUCGCGUGGAGGGCGAGUUUGAAGCCACGCUGACCGUGAUGGGGGAUGACCCAGAAAUACCAUGGAGGCUUCUGAAGCUGGAGAUCCUGGUGGAGGACAAGGAGACGGGAGAUGGUCGUGCUCUGGUGCACAGCUUGCAGGUGAACUUCAUCCAUUCGCUGGUGCAGUCCCGGCUCUUCGCUGACGAGAAGCCCCUGCAGGAUAUGUACAACUGCCUUCAUUCCUUCUGCCUGUCACUGCAGCUGGAGGUGCUGCACUCCCAAGCCCUCAUGCUUAUCCGCGAGCGCUGGGGCGACCUCGUCCAGGUGGAGCGCUACUCUCCCGCCAAAAGCCUCGUCCUCUCUGUCUGGAACCAGCAGGUACUGGGCAGGAAGACUGGAACCGCGCCCAUACACAGGGUCAGCAUCAAGAUUGACGAGGCUGACGGCUCCAGGCCUCUGCAGAUAUCCCAUGAGCCUCCACUGCCAGCGUGCGACUCUAAACUAACGGAGAGGGCCUUGAAGAUCGACCACCUGUCGGUGGAGAAGCUGCUGAUCGACAGUGUCCACGCCCGCUCCCACCAGAAGCUGCUGGAGCUGAAAGCUGUCCUGAAGGGCUACAACCCCAGUGACAAUUCCUUCAUGGAGUCCGCUCUGCCCACUCUCGUCAUCCCCAUCCUGGAGCCUUGCGGGCGCUCAGAAUGCCUCCACAUAUUUGUGGAUUUGCAUUCCGGAAUGUUCCAGCCCAUGCUAUACGGCCUCGAUCAGUCAAUGCUGGACGACAUCGAGAAGUCCAUCAACGAUGAUGCCAGGCGCCUUGUUUCCUGGCUGCAGCAGCUCAAGUUUUGGCUGGGGGAGCAAAGGUGCCGGCAUUCGGUGAAGCACCUGCCCACUGUGUGCAGCGACACGCUGCCGCUGGCCAAUGCUGCCUCGCACCCGGCCGGCAGCCUGUCCAAGCACUGCCUCUUCGUCAGGCUCACCCGCCUCCCCCAGUACUACAUUGUGGUGGAGAUGCUUGACUCUCCCGGCUGCCCCACCGAGCUGGACUACAGGUACUACUUCCUGUCCGUGGUGCAGCCGGAGGGUGACGACGGGCCGGCCAGUGCCCAACUGCUGAAGCAGUUCAAGCCCAGCCUGGAGGAGCUGGUCCAGGACACGGUGUCUGGCAGGGCAGGCAGGCCAGGGGCCAAGAGGAAGCUGUCUGGGGACCAGGGUCCUGUGGAAGCCAAGAAGCCCAGGCGCUCGGGGGAGGUGUGUGCCUUCAACAAGGUGCUGGCCCACCUGGUGGCCGCAUGUGACACUAACAUGCCCUUCAUCGGCUUGCGCUGUGAGCUGUCCAACAUGGAGAUUCCACACCAAGGAGUGCAGGUGGAAGGGGAUGGUUGUAGUCAUGCCAUCCGUAUACUCAGAAUCCCAGGCUGCAAAGGGGUCAGUGAGGAGACCCAGAAGGCCCUGCAGCGCACCCUGCUGGACUGUACCUUCCGUCUGCAGGGCCGCAACAACCGCACAUGGCUGGUGGAGCUGGUCUUCUCCAACUGCCCCCUCAGCAGCACAUCUAGCAAGGAGCCGGCCCCAACACGCCGCGUGUACAUGACGUACGAGAACCCUCUGUCAGAACCUGUGGGUGGACGCAAGGUGGUGGAGAUGUUCCUCAACGACUGGAGCAGCAUCAGCAAGCUGUACGAGUGUGUGCUGGACUAUGCCAACUCUCUGCCGGACAUGCCGUCUUACCUGAGUCUCUUCUCUGAGGUCCGGCUGUAUAACUACCGCAAGCUGGUGCUGUGUUAUGGAGCCACCAAGGGGAGUUCGGUGACCAUCCAGUGGACCUCUAGCAGCCAUCGAUGCCACCUCUCCCUGGGCACGGUGGGGCCCAACUCGGGCUGCAGCAACUGCCAUAACAUUAUCCUCCAUCAGCUGCAGGAAAUGUUCAACAAGACCCCCACUGUGGUGCAGCUCCUGCAGGUUCUGGCUGACACGCAGGCCCCCCUCACUGCCAUCAAUAAGCUGCCCACGGUGCCCAUGCUUGGUCUCACCCAGAGGACCAACACGGCCUACCAGUGCUUCUCCAUCCUGCCCCAGUCACCCACGCACAUCCGCCUGGCCUUCCGCAGCGUCUACUGCAUCGACAUCUACUGCCGCAGCCGGGGCGUGGUGGCCGUCCGCGAUGGCGCCUACAGCCUCUUUGACAACACUAAAAUCGUGGAGGGAUUCUACCCGGCACCAGGCCUUAAGACGUUCCUGAACAUGUUUGCAGACAGUAACCAGGAUGCCAGGCGGCCCUCUGUGAACGAGGACGACAACCCGCCGUCCCCGGUGGGCGUGGACGUAAUGGACCGUCUCGUGUCCCAGCUCCCUGUCAGUCACACACAUGGUCUCCUCAGACUCAGGUCUUCUUCCUCUUCUUUUCAGUUUGCAAAGCAGUCUCUAGGGGGCGCGGUUUACCCACCCCUCACGUCCCCGCCCAACCCAUACCACCAGAACGUGGUGCCUUCGCCCUCCAUGAUGCCCACACCAUCCCCUGGCACUCUGGAUCCCAGCUCACCCUAUACCAUGGUAUCUCCCGGAGCACGACCCGGAGGCUGGCCGGGGUCUCCCCAGGUGUCUGGCCCCUCGCCCAGCGCUCGCAUCCUCGGCAUGUCUCCGGGUAACCCCUCCCUCCCCUCCCCCAUCCCGGAUGCCUCUCAUUCGCCGCGAGCCGCCAGUUCCCUAUCAACCAGCAUGCUACCCCCCCGUAAGCUACCUCAGCGCUCCUGGGCGGCCUCCAUUCCCACUGUCCUUACCCACAAUGCCUUGCACGUGCUGCUGCUGCCCUCGUCCACGCCAGGCCUGGUCCCGGCGUUGGCUGGCAGCUACCUCUGCUCUCCACUGGAGCGCUUCCUGGGAUCUGUCUUCAUGAGGAGGCACCUUCAGAGGAUCAUCCAACAGGAGCCCAACCUGAACAUCGUCGCGUCCAGCGAGCCCGGUGUCAUCAUGUUCAAGACGGAGGGUCUGAAGUGCCGAGUGGCGCUGAAUCCCAAGACGUACCAGACGCUGCAGCUAAAGGUGACGCCCGAGAAUUUGGGGCCCUGGUCCCAGGAGGAGCUGCAGAUGCUGGAGAAGUUCUUUGAGACAAGGGUGGCUGGUCCUCCGUUCAAGUACAACACACUGAAUGCCUUUACCAGGCUGCUGGGGGCCCCCACCAACAUCCUCCGCGACUGUGUGCGCAUCAUGAAGCUGGAGAUGUUCCCAGACCAGGCUGCCCAACUGAAAUGGAACGUGCAGUUCUGUCUGACCAUCCCCCCCAGCGCACCCCCCAUCGCCCCCCCAGGGACUGUCGCUGUGGUGCUCAAAUCCAAGAUGCUGUUCUUUCUCCAGCUGACCCAGCGGAUGCCCCUGGUGCCGGAGCCCAUGUGCCUCAUCGUGCCCAUCGUGUACGACAUGGCCACGGGCCUCACGCAGCAGGCCGACAUCCCGCGGCAGCAGAGCUCCUCCGGAGCCGCCGCCCUCAUGGUCAGCAGCAUCCUCAAGCGCUUCAGCGACAUGCACCCCCCACGCCAAGGUGAAUGCACGAUAUUUGCGGCCGUUCACGAACUUAUGCUCAACCUCACGUUGCCCCCUAGUGGACGUCCCUAGCAGAAACAUAGCGGCGAUCGAUCCAUGUCCGGGAUCGCAACUGCGCGCCACGCUGGCGCCCUCAAGUGCAAACAGAAGGAAUAGCCAUUGAACUCCCUCCGUCUGACUUCCUUGUAAAUAACACGUUUAUAAAUGUGUGAGGACAGAACUGCAGGAAGCGUCUUUUUGAUAGUCAGCCACAAAUUUUGGAUUCAAGCGGAACCAACUGAAUUUAUUUUUUUGAAGAUACACUUCUUAUAUAAAUAUUACUGUAGUGUUUGUUUACAGCCUAGAGUACCUUUUUAUAUUUCAGUGUUAAAGAAUGGCGGGAAGGAUGAAGGUAUUUGGGGGGGGGGGGUUUGAAGGGGAAAAUCUUUAUUAAAAACUUAUGUCGCAAAAAUACAAAUAUUAUUUAGUCGUUGGAUGUACUCUGCAAACACCAUUGUAAAUUUCUUUCGAUGUUUUGACAUAAUUUAAACCUUUUCUAUUAAAGCUGUUACUUUGAGUUGUGUAACUCUGACAAACUUUAUAAGUAGGCCUGAGCUGUAUUUUAUUUGUUGACCCGAGACUACUUUUUAUGGUUUAAUAUUUAAUAAAAUGGUAAAGAAAAUUGGCAAAA